UUUUUCCCCAGAAAUCUUCUCACACUUUCUCCGCAAAUUUCCCGGAAAAAAGCUCUCAGGGUGUGUGUGUAACGGUAACAGAUGGUAAAGAAAAAAGAUGUGGAUUACUAUUGUGGGUUUUCGAGGAAAGGGCUUCAGAGUUUGUGCAAGCAGUAUAGUUUGCCUGCCAAUAGAUCAAGCUUGGAUAUGGCUGAAUCAUUAGCUUCUUUUUUCGAGAAAAAUAGUUUAGGUUUUGGCGUCCCUAGGAUUCAAGAUGGUAUAGCUACAACUUCGACAGCACCAUGGGGUGUGAAAAGAGAUUCUUAUGGUAACGAAUUGAAUAUAGCCAGAGAGGGUUGUUUUCAAAGUAGAGUGGCUAGAGGACCAGGCUUUAUCCUUGGGGAUAGUACACAGUCUCAGGAGCGAAAUGGUGGUUUGAAAUUGAAUGAAAAGGGUCCCAUUCCAAUGGAUCCUCAGCUAGAAAAUAGAAUGAAAGAGGUAGAGAGUGGUGAUAGUCCUAGUUCGUCUUCGUUUGAGUUUCAUGUCAGUAUGGAAGAGGGUAUUAGCCUCUCAGUUGAUCUAAAUUUCAAUCCAUCAGACUGGGUUAACAGCAUGAGAAAUGAGGUCAAUGUAUAUGAUAGCAUGCGUCCAAGGAAACCCCCACAUUCUGAUCUUGGUAUUGAUAAUGUUACAACGUCUAAGAAACAAAAGAGUUCAGAACAAGACAAGGAUGAGCAUGUAAGGAGAGAAUCAUCUACAAGUCCGACAGUGAAAGAAAAUACUCAAGUAUCCUCUGAUCAUCAUUCCAAUGCUGAACGGUCUCUACCAUCAUCUGCUAUACAACCAUGUCUGGUUAACGGGGUUAACUUGUCCGUACCUGAUUCUUCAGGACCUGGCCAGAUUGUAUCAUCUUGUGCUGAAUCCUGUAGCAAAAGCUGCUGUGUGAAUCCAGUUGACUUGGAAUGUGUUGAUCCACCUGGGAAGAAGUUGACAAGUGACUCUGUCAUGGUUGCUGCAGAACAGAAUCAUCAAGCUGGUGAUCUCCUUGUUGAAAAUCCCCAAAAUCCAUCCAUGGAGAGUUUUCAAAAAGUGGGAAACUCAAGUACUGUUCUAUGUCCACGGGGAGCUGGUUCUGAAUUAUCAUCAUCAGAAGCAGAGGCUUAUCCCUCACACGCAAUGUGUUCUCCUCGCAAGACCAGUAUGUCCUCAAAUAUUUCUUCUUCAGAGCUCAUCAUCGAUAGAGACUCCACUAGUUAUUCUGAAUCAUUCAAGUUCCGGUACAAUGGAGUCAAGAACUGUCUGCCACCAGAUAGUGAAGAGCAGGAAAAAAGCGAAGUUUUCAGUGAGCAGGCCAGGUUAGAGUGACUUAUUUGGAUGGUGAAGCAUCCACUGUAUUGUAUAAUACCUGAUGUAGAGAUAGUCAAGAUGGCCUUUUCCUCUGACCAAGUGGUUUCUACUGCUGUUUUUUUUUUGAGGCCAUCAAGUAUAUGGAGAUUCCUUCGAGAGCUUUGGGUCGAAUAUUACUGAAGGUUUUUGCAAAUGACCUAGGGAGAAGUUAGUUUUAGGUCAGUAUGUGAUUCUCUUUGGUUUCGUCCUUUUCGAUUUUCGAGGUUGAAAACACAAUUCUAUGUUUGUUAUACACAUCAUUCACAGACCAUGUUGUUGAAUAGAAGCAAAGUUCUGAGUGUUCUGACUAUAAGGGAAUGAAACAUAUGAGGAUUGUAUAACCACAAAGUUGUGAAGAGCAAAGCUUCUAUUCACACCAGAUGAAGAGUAUCAUCUUGGAUUGAAUGUUGAUAAGUUAGUUAAGGAG